GUGCGAAUUCGUGUAAUCGUGUUCUUCACUGCUCUGUAAACACAGUGUCACACACACACACAGGGUAAACUUGCAAUGGCGAACAUCUGUGCCAACAUGAAGCGCUGCUUCUCGCCGCCGGCGCUCCGGGCGUACUUCGCCGAGUUCUUCUCCACCUUCCUCUUUGUGUUCAUCGCCGUCGGCUCCACCAUCUCCGCCCGGAUGCUCACGCCGGAUGAAACAUCCGAUGCCUCGUCCCUGAUGGCGACCGCCGUUGCGCAGGCGUUCGGGCUCUUCGCCGCGGUGUUCAUCGCCGCCGACGUCUCCGGCGGCCACGUCAACCCCGCCGUGACGUUCGCCUACGCCAUCGGCGGCCACAUCACCGUCCCGAGCGCCAUCUUCUACUGGGCGUCUCAGAUGCUCGGCUCCACGUUCGCCUGCCUCGUCCUCCACUACAUCUCCGCCGGCCAGGCCGUGCCGACGACGAGGAUCGCGGUGGAGAUGACCGGGUUCGGGGCGGGGAUCCUGGAGGGGGUGCUCACGUUCAUGGUGGUGUACACGGUGCACGUCGCCGGCGACCCGCGGGGUGGAGGCUUCGGCGGCAGGAAGGGGCCCGCGGCGACGGCGCUGGGCGCGCUGGUGGUCGGGGCCGUGACGGGCGCGUGCGUGCUGGCGGCGGGGUCGCUCACGGGCGCGUCGAUGAACCCGGCGCGCUCGUUCGGGCCGGCGGUUGUCAGCGGGCACUACAGCAACCAGGCCGUGUACUGGGCCGGCCCGAUGGUCGGCGCGGCGGUGGCGGCGCUGGUGCAUCAAGCCCUGGUCUUCCCGACCGUGCCGGAGCCGGCGCCGGCGCCGGCGACGAACGAGUCGGCGCGCCAUGGGAGCGUGCAAACGGUGGUCGUGUGAUGAAAUCAUUCUGGCAGUCUGUCACCCUGACGAAAAAUCUUUGUUUGUCGUGUUAGAAUCUUUGUUGCAUUUGGUUUCGUGUAGUUACAUGUAGUAUGUGUGUAAGAUCUGUGUCUUUAUUAGGUUGUGGAUUUGUGGAUGUUUGAAGGAAAGAAAGCAAUGUAAUCUAGUAUAGUAGGCAGUUUGAUCCUAGUGAAUUGUGAUGGACUAA